ACUCACAAGUCACUAGCAAAAAAGAAAAAAAAAUUCACUCAAUUUCCCCUCUAGAAUUCCUUUUUUUCCUUUCCUUUCUCUUUGGGGAAAGGAUUUUUUUUAAAAAAAAAUGGUGAAGUUCUCUAAGCAGUUUGAGGGUCAGCUAAUUCCUGAAUGGAAAGAUGCAUUUGUUGAUUACUGGCAACUCAAAAAAGAUCUCAAGAAAAUCCAUCUCAUGAACAAUACCAGCCCAGUUACCAAACAGGAACAUAGCGAUUUUCCCAACACCUUCUUCUCCUCCAUAAGGAAAAAGUUCUCCUUGUUUGGCAAUCAACAUAGAGACCAUGGUGUCAUUCAAGUUCAUAGGAAACUUGCUUCAUCAGCAAGUAAAGGGGAUUUCUAUGAGACUGAACUGCUGGAGCAGUUUGAUGAUACUGAUGCAGCCAAUGAGUUUUUCUCCUGUUUGGAUUUACAGCUCAAUAAAGUGAAUCAAUUUUACAGGACAAAGGAGAAAGAGUUUGUGGAGAGAGGGGAUUCACUGAAGAAGCAAAUGGAGAUUCUCGUCGAGCUCAAAACCGCGAUGAAGCAGCAUCGCGAAAAGGGCUCUUCGUCUAAGGAAACCAAGGACGAUGAUUCCUUUUCUGGCACCAUUUCUUGUGAGGAAGAAUCCAUCACAGGAAAAACAGAGGAAGAGCAAGGGCAGGGCGCAACCAACGAGUUCGAGAACAACGAUGCACAAUUCUCGGACUCAGGAAGAUCAGGGGAGGUACUGGGACAAUCAACGAGAACAAACAGAGAAGAAGGGAAAAUCACGAGGGCGUUCUCGGGUCGGGUUUUCCAUUGCCAAGGGAAAAACAUGAGAAUCAACAUUCCGGUGACUAACCCAACAAGAACAUUCUCAGCAAUCAGUUACUUGCUUUGGGAUGAUUUGGUCAGUCAGUCCUCCAGGAAAUGUGGACCUGAUGGGAAAAGCAGGCUGCAUAUCAACAAAACAAAGCUUCAUCAUGCUGAGAAGAUGAUUAAGGGUGCUUCCAUUGAGCUCUAUAAAGGGCUAGGGUACCUCAAAACUUAUAGGAACUUGAAUAUGCUUGCUUUUGCAAAAAUUUUGAAGAAAUUCGACAAAGUCACUAACAAACAAGUUUUGCCCAUUUAUCUAAAAGUGGUUGAGAGCUCCUACUUCAACAGCUCUGAUAAGGUUAUGAAUUUAGCAGAUGAGGUUGAGGAGACGUUCAUAAAACACUUUGCCGAUGAUGAUAAAAGAAAGGCCAUGAAGUACCUGAAACCCACACAGCGCGAAGAAUCGCACACAGUAACUUUCUUCAUAGGGCUAUUUACGGGAUGUUUCAUCGCGUUGUUUGCUGGAUAUGUAAUCGUGGCUCAUAUGGCCGGAAUGUAUGGACCAAAGUCUGAUAUAGUCUAUAUGGAAACUGUUUACCCUGUGCUUAGCAUGUUCAGCCUAUUGUUUCUGCAUUUCUUCUUGUACGGAUGUAACAUCUUCAUGUGGCGAAAGACUCGGAUAAAUUACACUUUCAUCUUCGAGCUGGCCCCGACGAAAGAUCUCAAGUACAGAGAUGUGUUCUUGAUCUGCACCACUUCAAUGACUGCUGUAAUGGGGGUGUUGUUUGUGCAUUUGUCACUUGUGGCUAAAGGGUAUUCUUACUCCCAAGUCCAAGCAAUCCCUGCCCUUAUGUUACUGGUCUUUUUGCUACUGCUUGUGUGCCCGUUCAACAUUUUCUACAAAUCCAGCCGAUAUCGGUUCCUUCGGGUGAUUCGAAACAUUAUUCUAUCUCCUCUCUACAAGGUUGUCAUGCUGGACUUUUUCAUGGCUGAUCAACUUUGUAGCCAGGUGCCGAUGCUUAGAAACCUCGAAUACGUAGCGUGUUACUACAUAACUGGGAGCUUCAAAAAUCAAGACUAUGGCUAUUGCAUGAUGACCAAAAACUACAGAGAUCUUGCCUAUGCAGUUUCCUUCCUACCUUAUUACUGGAGGGCAAUGCAGUGUGCAAGGAGGUGGUUUGAUGAAGGGCAAACAAGUCAUCUUGUGAACUUAGGGAAGUACGUAUCAGCAAUGCUAGCUGCAGGAGCCAAAGUGGUUUACGAGAAGGAAAGGAAUGUGGGGUGGCUUUGCUUAGUUGUGGCAAUGUCAAGUGGUGCAACUGUGUACCAGUUGUACUGGGACUUUGUCAAGGAUUGGGGUUUGCUCCAGUUUCAUUCCAAGAACCCUUGGUUGAGGAAUGAGCUCAUGCUUCGUCAGAAGGUUAUUUACUACUUCUCCAUGGGAUUGAACCUAGUUUUAAGGUUGGCUUGGUUACAAACAGUGCUGCAUUACAACAUAGGAAGCGUGGAUUACAGAGUAACAGGGCUAUUUUUAGCAGCCCUUGAAGUUAUCAGAAGAGGGCAAUGGAACUUCUACCGGUUGGAAAAUGAGCACCUCAAUAAUGCUGGAAAGUUCAGAGCUGUUAAAACAGUUCCACUACCAUUCCAUGAAGUAGAUGAGCAAGACUGAUGAGAUGAUAAAACCCCAAUUGGCACCAUUUGCCAAGAGAAUACAAUUCUCAGGGUCAUAGAUGAUUUUUUUGACCCUAUGGCUCAAAUAUACUACUCAGCUAGUAUACAAGUUGACAGAACAGAAUGCCAACUUGCCUAACAUUGUUCGGAUCAAAUUCUGCGAGAACUAUUCAUACGUGUAUAGGAACCAAUAAAAGAAUCCCUAGCUCGCCUUUUAUAUGUAUUAACGACCGUCGACGAUGCUUGUGAAUAAUGUCUUUUUUUGUCUGCAUC